UAAGGCAUGUUCUUUCUUCAGAAAGAAUCAUGUCAGAAUGUGAUAUAAGCACAAUGUCUGAUGCCCAAGGAGGAACAAAGAAAAACAGAAGAAACAAAGAAAAAUACAAAGAUGAAUCGAUGCCUUUAAAUGUCACCCCAGGACUUCCUGCAACAUCAUCUUGCUCUUCUUCUGUAUCCAACCAGCAAAUUUCCACGUGGAUAAAGAACAACAUAACAAAAAAGGAAAGCUGCCCUCUUAAGAAGGAUGCCAGCAACAAGGAAGUAUGUUGUUAUGAAAAUUCUGAGGUUGACUCCAGCCAGCCAGAGGGCUUCAAUAAGCAUAACUAUAAUGAAGACGAAGACGUACACGAGGUGCCAACAGAUGCUUUUGGAGACAUCUGUUUUGAUAUUUCUUGGCCAAAGAGUAGCAAGUAUGUACGAGUGUCUACAGACACCAAACCUGAAGUGCUCUACGAGUUACUGACAAAACAGUGGAAACUUCCACCUCCCAAUCUGGUCAUCUCAGUGACUGGAGGAGCCAGUAACUUCUACCUGAAGUCCCACCUGAAGAAGACUUUUCACAGAGGAUUGAUCAAAGUUGCUCAGACUACAGGUGCAUGGAUCAUUACCGGCGGUACCCACGUGGGUGUGAUGAAGCAUGUGGGACAGGCUGUGAGGGACUGUGCCCUGGAUAACUCAAUGCAGCAGAAAAUAGUGGCUAUUGGAGUGGCACCCUGGGGAGCAAUUCACAACAGGGAUACAUUGGUAAAUAAAGAAGGUUGCUUUCCAGCUCAUUAUGUGAUUGACACACAAGGUCAGGGUGAUCUGGCCUGUCUUGACGGCAAUCAUUCCCACCUCCUGCUGGUUGAUGAUGGGACCAGAGAUACAAAGGCCUAUGGUGCAGAGAUUCAGCUGCGCACGGAACUAGAGCAGUACAUUUCAGACCAAACUCCUACCGAAGUGACUGAUAUAAAAACCCAAGUGGUUUGUGUGGUGUUGGAUGGAGGAGGAGGUACACUGAAAACCAUCUGCAGUGCUAUUGAAAAGGGCACACCGUGCGUGAUCCUGCAGGGCUCUGGGAGGAUAGCAGAUGUUAUCGCUCAUGCAUCCGGAUUCCCAGUCAGUGAGAUCACCACCGCUCGCAUCAAGGAGCUGACUGAGAAGUUUUUUGGAGAAGAGUACAAAAACAUCAAAGAUGACCAGAUUGAAAACUGGAAAAAUAUGAUUCAUAAGAUAGUUGAGAAGUCUGAUUUGCUGACAAUAUUCAGAGCAAGGAAAGAUGAUCAGGGGUUUUUGGAUGUGGCAAUCCUUGAUGCUCUUCUAAAAGCUUUCAAGACUGCUAACUCACAAGAUAAUAUGUCCUGGGAGAAGCAUCUGGAGCUGGCUAUCACCUGGAACAGAGUCGAUUCAGCUGAGACUAAGAUUUUCACCGAGGAAAGGAUGUGGAAGUCAAAUGAACUCCACAAGUUCAUGCAUUUAGCCCUGGUUAACCAAAAGCCUGAUUUUGUGAGUCUGCUCCUGGAGAACGGUGUGUGUCUGGAGGACUUUCUGAAAGGCGAGAUGAUUUGUGAUCUCUACAAAGCCUUGCCCAACUGCUCUUUUUUGUACAAGCUGGUCAAGAAAAUUAAAAUCGGCAAAAACAGGAGCAAGAGCAAGAAAUGGACCAGCAGCAGCAUGAAGAAGGCACUGGAGGAUCUUGAUGAAGCAAAAAAAGAAAUCUCCCUGACACAUGUCUCUGUUGAAGUGCACCACCUGCUUGGGAUAUUCACAAAGCCCAUCUAUCCGUCCUCCAAGGAUGAACAACAUAUUCGGAUAGAGGACAGACCGGAUGGACAUAAAGCUGAAGAUCAGAUGGAAAAUGAAGAUAAGAAUAAUGCAGCCAGAGAUCUUUUCCUUUGGGCAGUUGUCCAGAACAACAAGGAGCUGUCUAUAAUCGCCUGGGAUCAGUGCAGAGACUGCAUAUCUGCUGCUCUGGCUGCCAGUAAGAUCCUGAAGAAAAUGGCAGAGGAGUCAAUCGAUGCAGACGAGCCUCAGGAAAUGCUGGCGCUCGCCAAGUACUUUGAAGAUCGUGCGAUUGGCGUGUUCAGCGAGUGUUACAAGAAUGAUGAGGAGCGUGCCCAGAAGCUGCUGGUUCGAAACUCACGCCUUUGGGGCAAUACAACGUGUCUGAGGCUGGCACUUGAGGCCGACAAUAAAAAAUUUGUGGCUGAGUUAGGCUUUCAGGAUCUUCUUACUCAGAUCUGGUGUGGUGAGCUGUCAGUCCACAAUCCUGUGUGGAGGGUGCUGAUCUGCAUGAUCUUCUUCCCUCUGAUCUACACCAAGUUUCUGGCUUUCAGAUGUGAUGAAGUCCUCCAGAGAGAAAUCGAGCUGAGAGAGGAGAUAGAAAUGACUGUGGAGGAAGAGAUAAAAAGCUCUGAGCAGAAUAUGAAGCCUCUGAACUGCUGGUCCAGACUGAUUGGACUGUACAGCGCUCCUCAGGUCAAGUUUUAUGGAAGCAUCAUCUCGUACUUUGCCUUCCUGUUCCUGUUUGCUUACGUCCUGAUGGUCGACUUCCAGAGUACACCAUCUAUAGUGGAGUUGGUGCUCUACAUCUGGUUGUUCACUCUGGUGUCGGAGGAGAUAAGACAGCUGUUUUAUGAUCCUGAUCAUUUUGGGUUUCGUGAGAAAGCCAAGGUGUACAUUCAAGAACUGUGGAACAUUUUGGAUGUCAUCUCCAUCGUGCUGUUCUGUCUAGGACUUGCAUUCAGGUUGACAACUAAGUUGUUCUAUCCAGGUAAAAUCAUCCUGUGCAUCGACUUUGUGGUCUUCUGUCUCCGCCUCAUGGCAAUCUUCACAAUCAAUCGAACGCUGGGACCUAAAAUCAUCAUAGUUAGGAAGAUGAUGAGGGACAUGUUCUUCUUCAUGUUUCUGCUGAGCAUUUGGGUCGUGGCGUACGGUGUGGCCAAACAAGGCAUCCUCAUCCAUAAUGACAAUCGGCUGGACUGGAUCAUGCGUGGGGCUGUUUAUGAGCCGUAUCUCAUUAUAUUUGGAAAUUUCCCUGAUAACAUUGACAAUGCUAAAUUUGAUAUAAAUUCAUGCAGCAUGAAUGGGGGGGAUCCUCUGAAGCCCAAGUGUCCUGUGCUAAAUGACGACCAAAUGCCGGUCUUCCCUGAGUGGCUCACCAUCGUCAUGCUCUGUGUUUAUUUGCUGUUUGCCAACAUAUUGCUCCUCAACCUCCUCAUAGCCAUAUUUAACUACACGUUUGAGGAGGUCCACGAUAACACGGAUAGUAUCUGGAAGUUUCAAAGAUAUCAGCUGAUCAAAGAGUAUUACAGCCACCCAGCUGCCCCACCUCCUUUCAUCAUCUUCAGUCAUCUCUACUUUUUCAUCAAAAUGAUGCUGUGUGGAGCUCAGACAUCAAAUACUGAAUUCAAGGAGGAGUUUGGCUCAGAAAAGGAAGAGGAGCUGUUGUCCUGGGAGGCCUUGAUGAGGGACAGAUAUAUGCUGUCUGAAUGGCGGGCGAAGAGCCGGAGCAUGGAGGGGCGCAUCCAGGAUUCAUCCCAAAAGGUUACCACCUUAACUGAACGGCUGGAGAAACUAGAAGAACAGUCAAACAAAGUUCUGGAGCGUAUGGAGGACAUUAAGAAAUCUCAGGGUGAUUCUGAAAAAGAAACUGUCAGAGUUGCCACCUUAAAUGAACAGCAGAAGACGGAAGAGAAAACACAGCUCCGUGAACUGCUGAAUAGAAUGGCCGAUCUAGAGGGACAGGUCACCAAUGCACUGCAGAGGAUUGAGGACAGUCUGAAAUCUCUGAAUGUUCCUGCAAAAGAAACUCAGCCACAGAGCACUGUCGAGUGAGAUGGACUCAGUCCUUGUUGUCAUGUCUACUUUAAUCAUGGAUCAUGGCACUAGACCAAAAAUGGGUUGGUCUUCUGAGUAAGACAGAAAUAAUCUGUCUGUGUGUGUUUUUUUAUUUUUGCUUGUUUGUUUGUUUUUUGCAGAACUAAAAAAAAAACACUCUACCAAAUUAUAGUUUCUUACUGCAGGAUUCUUGAUUUUUCUAACAGAAAUAUAACUACUAUAUCAAUUUAUAUUUCUUUCUUUUUGGGUGAAAUGUGCUUAGAUGCUAAAUUAAAUGAGUCUUAGUUAAAUAUGUGGUGAUAUAAGUUAUGGGUAAUGUGGGUCUGAAGGCCAGAAAUAGAUAUACUUGUCUGCUUUUCUCUCUUUCAAUAUUGGAGUGAUCAGGAUAUUGUUUAUAAUGAUAAAAUCAAACUUUUGAUUUUUUAUUUUUGCUUGUUUGUUUGUUUUUUGCAGCACUAAAAAAAAACACUCUACCAAAUUAUAGUUUCUUACUGCAGGAUUCUUGAUUUUUUAAACAGAAAUAUAA